CGUUCCAUGCGCACCUCUCGCUAUCGCAACCGCAUAUUUGUUAAGCUGCCAAAGCUUUAAAGCUGCAAAGCAUUUACGUACUUCUCUCUGUGUGUGUGCGUGCGUUCGAGUGUGUUUGUGUGUGUGAUACACACUUGUCUCUGCAUCUGUGACGGUGUGAGUGCUCGUGUCUAACGCGUAACGAAAGCGAAAGUUUUGUUGCGCGCGUGUUGCCAGCAGCAGCAGCAACAACAACAACAGCAGCAGCAGCGUCGUUGGCGUCUCCUAUGAUUGCACACACGUCGUUGUCGUCGCCGUCGCCGUCGUCGAAGUCGUCGCUGUAGUCGAUGUCACAGUCGCUGUCGCUGUCACAGUCGCAUUCGUUAUUGUUGUUGUUUGUGUUGCUGUUUUAUUCUUACCUAGAAUUGAUUAAAGGCGUGUGAAAACAACAACAACAACCACAACAACAACAACAAAAUGCUCAUUAGUUCCAAUGAGCGUGCAAUAAAUUAAAUAAAACGUGUUUAUGCUGCCAUAUUCAGCGUCUCUCUUUCGCUCUACCUACUGCUAUCUCUAUCGGUGUUUGUGCCAGUGUUUGUGCCAGCCAUCAAACAAAGAAGCCAACAGCUGUUAAGCGAAAACAAAAAAACAACAACACUAAUCGCCAGCCAUUCCAGCAACAUUUACUGUUAAACGCUUUCAAACAUCCAUCGGUUCCACAAUGGCGCCCACCGUCUGCUCGGAGAAGAAAGUACGUGUUGCGGGCAUGAAGGAGGCGCGACGACGUGGCAACAUGGGCGUGGCCCAGUCAACAACAAACACAAGCACAGCUGUGACAGCAGCAACACAAGCAGCAGCAGCUGGAGCCAUACAGAACAGCGUUGUGCUCAACUAUGUUGCCAAAGGUUCAACGCACUCAGCGGGUCGUCAGCAAAGGCGUCGCAUGGUUCGUGUCCCCUCCAGACUGCAGCAUAUCUCAAAGAACAUCAUAUCGUCAUCAACAUCAUCAUCACCAACAUCAUCAUCUUCGGAGUCUGAACAACAGCUGGAGCGUAUGGAACUCGAUGAGUACACCAACAGUGAUUACAACGAGGCAACAAGCAUACAGAUAUCGCGCACACAUUCCAGCGGCAGCAGCAACAACAACAUCAACAUUAAAACAGUAUUACAACCCACAACAGCCAACAUCAAUAGCAACAACUACAUCUUUGGAAAUGGCGGAAACAAUAACAAGACAUCAACAACAGCCAAAUUCUGUGAUCAAAUGCCAAGUGCUGAUGAUGAAGACGACGACGACGAUGAUGAUGAGGAAGAGGAUCAGGGAGAUGGCGAUAGUGGCUAUGAGUUUGCACUGGAGCCAAUCAAACCGCACAUUCAGCAACAAUAUCACUCACACAAUGAGGGACUACUCUCCAUAGCCCUGAAGACUAUCAAGCUGGUGCAGCGAAAUAAAUUGCUACAGAAGCGUUUGGCUCAGUUGCAGCUAGAGACGUCCGAGUUUAUUGCCUCGGUACUGGCUAAUCCCGAGAAUCGUCAUUUCCGUGACAAAGUCGCGGUUAAAGCGGAAUCGCCCAGCAAAGUAAGCAACGUUUUGCUGCGUCAUUAAGCGAUAAACAAUGAUGAAAAAUUGCUGCAUACUUUUGGGCGCUAGCCAGAAAUGAAAAAAACCCAUUCCGCUGUGUCACAGAAUUUCCCUUUCACCAGCGCAUACUUAUUGGUCUCGCAGAAAAACCUAUUAGCCGUUAAUUGAUUUUAAUUUACUAUUAAUUAAUUUAAACAUUCGUAAUCAGAGUCAAUCAAUUACUGCAGUCGUCCCUUCGUAAAGUUCCCUUAAAGUAAUGUGACUCGAAAGAGUCGAAUUCUGUGUCACGCGGAAUUGAGUUCUGAGCAAUUCGUACUGAUUAUAUUUAUAAUUAUAAAACAAAAAAACAAAGAAAGCAAAGUGUGAGUUUAACACUUUGAUUAUACAAGUAUGAAGAUACAAACAAUACAUAAACAUAUACACAAGAAAAUUUAUUUAUAAAAAAUCAGAAAAAAGUCAAGAACUAAGUAGUUGCUAAGUAUGUUUAUGUUCAACAUUUUUUACAUCCAACAACUAAUUUAUAAAUAUUUAACAAGUCUAUUAGUAAUACCUAGAACUUUAGGUUUUUACAAACAAAAAAACUGGCAUAAUCAUUUUAGAAGUAGAGCAACGCUUUUGGAUUUAUACUUGGCGUUUUAUUCAACUACAAAUAACAUACAAAGCAAUUUGUUCAUUAAACUAAGCCUAGCAAAAACCUCUAUACGUAAUACAUGGUUAACUAAUCGUCAGACCCAUAACCCAUAAUCAAUACAAAUCAGAUAAAUCAUUAAAUCAGAGCGAAACCAAAACAAAUGAUGAAUAAUUCAUUCGAAUUCUGAACACUAUAUAUGUAAUCAUGAUAACAUUUAAUUUAAAAUUUUCUACUUACGUACAUAAAUGUUAUAUCUAUAAUAGAUUAGCAAAUAGACAACAAUCUUGAAUAAUCAUCAAUACAAAUUUCAAA